AUGGGGAAGAAAAUUCGAGGUGAUACCCAAUACAAUAAUGAAAAGCCGGUCUCAUAUUGAAAAUUCCUGAAAUUUACAGCACCUUAUUGCUGAAAUGGCAUCAACUGUUGCCAAAGAUUAAUCCUUCUUUCCUCGCUAACUUUACUUGUAGUUUAUAAUCUCCUUAAGCUUCUGGCCACAAUUGUAUUGAAGUCUAUUGUCGAUCAGCUUGCUGUCGGAGACGUUAACUAUUACUACAUCGGUGCCUUUUGCUUGCUCGAGUAAGUUUUAAUCAGAUUUUUCAUUGAGAUUUGUAAUAGUUUAAAAACUCUUUCGUUCGUCUUUGUGGAAUCGAAACUCCAAACUGAACUUGCAGCAAAAGUGUUCAAUCAUGUACUAAAUCUAAGUAUGAAAUUCCACAUAGCAAGAGAAACGGGAAAAAUAUUGAGGUGCUUACAAAGAGGAGCAACGUCAGUGCCUUUAGUGCUCAGAACGCUAUUAUUUUCGUUUGGGCCAGUAAUACUGCAGAUUAUGUUUGUGAUGACUUAUCUCUCACUGAAAUACGAACUUUAUUAUCCUAUGAUUGUUCUAGGGACUGUCAUUAUAUAUAUUAUUUUCACUAUUUUCGCGAGUGAAUGGAGGUCCCAAAUCCAGAGAAACAUUAAUGCAAAUGAUAAUAAGUUUUCUCAAAAAGCAACAGAUGCUUUAUUUAACUUUGAAACAGUAAAGUACUUUAAUGCAGAAGACCAUGAAACAAAAAGAUGCAGCGCAGCCUUUUAUGAAUUUCGGAAAGAAAAAGUAAGGAUGCAUGCGUCUUUAGUGCUAUUAAAUACAGGUCAACAAGUUUGUAUCAUUUUGGGGACAAGCAUUGCUCUAUGCUUAAUAGCUUACGAAAUAUACCUAGGAAAUAAAAAAGUCGGGGAUUUUGUAUUGAUGCAAGGCUUUAUAAGCCAGAUCUACACUCCUCUGCAAGCAAUAGGUGUCUAUUAUGAUACGAUAAAACAAGCAAUUAUCGAUAUUGAAGGAGUAUUUGGAUUAUUAAACGAAAAACUAGAAAUCGAAGAUAAGCAAAAUGCAGUAAAGCUUGACCAUUGCAAAGGGGAAAUCGAGUUUAAAAAUGUAGAUUUUGGAUAUUCACUGGAAUAUCCUUUAGUGCUAAAAAAUAUCAAUUUUAAGCUUUCUCCUGGCAAGACUAUAGGAAUUGUAGGAAAAACUGGCUGUGGGAAAAGCACACUUGUGAGACUUUUGUAUAGGUUUUAUGAUGUGACCAAUGGAUCUAUAUUGCUAGACGGAUAUGACAUAAAAACCCUUUCCCAGUCAUCAUUGAGGAGGCAUAUAGCAAUAGUGCCACAAGACUGCAGUCUAUUUAAUGAUACAUUAGGAUAUAACAUAGCAUAUGGCUCAGCAUGGGAUCCAAAAUUUGAUAUGAAUUCUAAACACACAAUUGACAAGAUAAAAUGGUCAGCCCACCAAGCUCAGCUUGAUAGCUUCACUGAAAAGCUGCAUGAAGGGUAUCAAACUAUGGUAGGAGAAAAAGGAAUUCGGCUAAGUGGAGGGGAAAGGCAAAGGGUGGCUAUUGCCAGAGCCAUUUUAAAGCAACCAUCAAUUUUAUGCUUCGAUGAAGCGACCUCAUCACUUGAUUCUUUAACUGAAAAGCAGAUACAAAAUAGCUUAGAUAUGGUAAGUAGAAAUAGGACAACAAUUAUAAUUGCACAUAGACUAUCCACUAUAAUGAAAGCUGAUGAAAUUAUUGUACUGAAAGAUGGAUGCAUCAUUGAAAGAGGAACUCAUAAACUUUUGCUAGAAAUUAAUGGAUAUUAUGCUCAAUUAUGGGCUGAGCAAGAAAGGGAAUGCACAAAUGAAGAUAAUAAUUAA